GGCCAGCCGAAGUCGGUCCUCCGCGCCACCACCUUCCGCAGGCGGCGGUGGGCCCAGGCAGCGGCAGAGCGCGCAGCAGGCGGCGGUGGCGAUCGUCGGCUACGGCUACAAGGCGGGCAGGCGCACGCAGGAGCACGAGCUGGCGGCGCAGCCUCCAGGCACUGGCAGCAGCAGCAGCAGCCAGAGCCCUGCGCCCAGAAGGCUUGCCAGCGGGGUCAGCCAGCAGGAGCCGCUGCGGGCGCAGAAGCCCGCAGACAAGGUCGGCUCCGGGAGGCAAGCCAAGACCGCGGACAAUGGGAGCAAAGCAGCGAAGGACUCGGGGACCGCGGCGGCAGGGCGCGGGAGCGGGCGGGAGGCCGCAGCCCGAGCAGGACCUCCGACGGAGCGCCCCAAAGACCGCGGUGGCAGCGGGGACCGAGACCGUGGCAAGGAUCGCAGCGGCAGCAGAAAGAAAGCAAGGGCCAAGGACCGCAGCGCCAGCCAGCGAAAGGCCCCCGCCAAGGACCGCAGCCCCGACCCCAAGAAGGUCCGGGCCAAGGACCGCAGCGCCAGCCAGAAGAAGGCCAACGCCAAGGACCGCAGCGCCAGCGCGAAGAGGGAGAGGGCCAAGGGCCGCAGCGCCAGCCCCAAGAAGGUCCGGGCCAAGGGCCGCAGCCCCAGCAGGAGGAGGGAGAAGGCCAAGGCCCGGAGCCCCAGCGCGAAGAAGGUCCCCGCCAAGGAGCGCGGCGCCAGCCCCAAGAAGGUCCGGGCCAAGGGCCGCAGCGCCGACCCGAAGAAGGCCCGGGCCAAGGGCCGCAGCCCCAGCGCGAGGAGGGAGAAGGCCAAGGGCCGCAGCCGCAGCGGGAAGAAGGUCCGCGCCAAGGCCCGCAGCGCCGAGAGGGAGCAGGCCAAGGCCCGCAGCGCCAGCAGCAGGAGGGAGAAGGUCGAGGGGGAGCCCGCGCGACGGAAGUACCGCGUCGGCGAGGUCGUGCAGGGGCUGUACAAGGCGAGGAGCUGGUACACCGCAAAGAUAAGGAGCUCCCUGACGGCAGCUACGUGGUGGAGUGGGCCGACGGCGACGCGAGCGACCGCAAGAAGGCACCAGGAGAUGGCUGCGGCCGCGCCCGAAGCCGCCGGCGAGGGUCUGCAGCGACAGCACGAGCCCGAGCAGACGCGGGAAGGACCGAGGCGGCACCGCCCUGCGGGGCGCAGCCAGCGCGGCCGCCCUCCGAAGGCGCCGCCGCCCCGCUGCCCGCCGCGCGGCCGGCGCAGCCCCCGCCGCCGCGCAGCCCGGAGCCCCGCGGCGCCGCGGCCCGCGCAGCCCGCGCGCGCGAGGCGGCCUCGCCGCCGCGCGGGCGCGCCGCCACCGCCGCGGGCGGCGUCGUCUUCGCCGGAGCCGCCGCGGCGGGCGGCGUCGUCGUCGGAGGCGCCGCGGCGGCGGGUGGCGUCCCCGCGGGCGGCGUCCCCGCGGGCGGCGCCGCCGCGGGCGGCGCCGCCGCGGGCGGCGUCGUCGCCCGAGGCGCCGCGGCGGCGGACGCCGUCCCCGCGGGCGGCGGCUGUUUCGCCGCCGCGGGGGGAGCCGCGCCGGGGCUCGCCGCCGCGGUCGAGCAGGUCAUCGUGGUGCGCCAUGGCGAGCGCUUGGACGAGGUGGACCGGCAGGCCUGGCGUGCCGAGCGAACCGAGGCUCGCCAGGCGACCCGGAACGACCCUCCCCUCACCGAGAGGGGCUGGGCGCAUGCGGGCUCGGUCGGGCAGCAGCUGCGGUCGCUGAUAGCGCCGGGGGCCGCGGUCACUGUGUACAGCAGCCCUACGUCGCGGACGCUCUCCACCGCCGCCGCGCUCGCAGGCCAUCCUUGGCGUGGCACCGAGGGGCGGGAGGGCGCGAGAGUGACUGGCGACCUUCCGCAAGGGCAGGUCGCCCCUCGCAAGCCGCCCUGCCCUCCCAGGCGCCCCCUCGCGUCGUGA